CAUUUUCUUUAGAACAUUCCUGUAAGGCUGUGGAAGUGAAAGUUACGGCGAAAUCUUAAAUCAUGGCAGUGCCGCAAGAGCCUCAAGUUAAUUUUAAGCUUGUCCUGGUUGGAGAUGGUGGCACUGGUAAAACUACUUUUGUGAAGCGUCAUUUAACGGGAGAGUUCGAAAAGAAAUAUGUCGCCACCCUGGGUGUAGAAGUCCAUCCUCUUGUCUUUCACACCAACAGAGGAGCUAUCUCAUUCAAUGUGUGGGACACAGCAGGGCAAGAGAAAUUUGGAGGUCUGCGUGACGGGUAUUACAUUCAAGCCCAGUGCGCGAUUAUUAUGUUUGACGUCACAUCAAGAGUAACGUAUAAGAACGUUCCUAACUGGCACAGAGACCUGGUACGAGUCUGUGAGAACAUCCCCAUUGUCCUCUGUGGAAACAAAGUAGACAUCAAAGACAGAAAAGUCAAGGCCAAGUCCAUCGUUUUCCACAGAAAGAAGAACCUUCAGUAUUACGACAUCUCUGCCAAAAGCAACUACAACUUCGAGAAGCCCUUCUUGUGGCUGGCCCGGAAGCUCAUCGGUGACCCCAAUUUGGAGUUUGUAGCCAUGCCUGCCCUGGCGCCCCCAGAGGUGGUGAUGGACCCACAAUUGGCCAAACAGUACGAGGACGACCUACAGGUGGCCCAGUCCACUGCCCUCCCAGACGACGAGGAUGACCUGUGAAUCGGCAGGAGCCUGCCACUGGCCGUCUAGUUUUAUAGGCAGCUGUGUGUGGAGCGGGGCGGGGUUUAGGCAUAGGGUGGGAGUGCGUGGGACUCAGCGUGGUCCUGUCCCACAGUAGUCGAACACAAUGUUUUGUAUGUGCUUUAUAAGAGCUUGGGUGAAAGGAAAGUGAUUGUGUGACUGGCUGACAACAGGUGAAAAAAACAUCAAAUUCAUUCUCUUUUGGACCUGCAUUACUAGGCUUUUUGGA